CCCAUCUCAAAACCCAACCCGCCCCGUCAGCCUGCGUGCGGCUCGCUCUCCUCCCCCUUCCUCCAUCCGGAGCGGCAGCCAAAUCCGAAGCAGAGCACCGGGAGCAACACCAUGAGCCGCGCGCUCCUUUCCCACAUCCUCCACCGCCCGCCUCUCCUCGCGUCGAGGAGUGGCGUCCGAGGAGGAGCGCUGCCUUCCCGCCUCCGCGCUCUCCGCCUCAACUGCAGCGCGGCUGAAGCCACCGCCUCGGUCGAUGAGGCGCCUGCUCCCCCGGUGAGGAAGAAAAGAGUAGUUUCUGGGGUACAGCCAACAGGAAUGGUGCACCUUGGAAAUUAUAUUGGCGCUAUUAAGAACUGGGUUGCACUUCAGGAUUUGUAUGAGACAUUCUUUUUCAUUGUGGACCUGCAUGCGAUUACUUUGCCAUAUGAUGCACCAGAGCUAUCUAAAGCUACAAGAAGCACCGCUGCAAUUUAUCUAGCAUGCGGCAUUGAUAGCUCCAAGGCUUCUAUUUUUGUACAGUCUCAUGUCCGUGCCCAUAUUGAGCUGAUGUGGCUGCUGAGUUCUUCAACUCCUAUUGGUUGGCUGAAUAAAAUGAUUCAAUUCAAAGAGAAAUCACGGAAGGCGGGUAAUGAAAAUGUUGGAGUGGCACUUUUGACGUACCCUGUUCUAAUGGCUUCUGACAUCCUUCUGUACCAGUCUGAUUUGGUACCUGUUGGGGAAGAUCAGACACAACAUUUGGAAUUAACUCGUGAAAUUUCUGAACGUGUAAAUAAUCUAUAUGGUGGAAGAAAGUGGAAGAAAUUGGGAGGGAGAGGUGGCUCAUUAUUUAAGGUUCCUGAAGCCCUUAUCCCUCCAGCAGGGGCCCGUGUGAUGUCCUUAACUGAUGGUCUCUCCAAGAUGUCGAAGUCUGCUCCUUCAGAUCUGUCUCGCAUUAAUCUUCUUGACCCAAAAGAUGUGAUUGUGAACAAAAUCAAACGCUGCAAAACUGACUCGCUCCCUGGAUUGGAAUUCGACAACCCAGAGAGGCCGGAAUGCAAAAAUCUUCUCUCGGUCUACCAGAUCAUCACUGGAAAAACGAAAGAGGAAGUUGUUAGUGAAUGCCAAGAUAUGAACUGGGGGACAUUCAAGGCUACCCUUACGGAUGCCUUAAUUGAUCAUCUGCAGCCUAUUCAGGUUCGAUACGAGGAGAUCAUGUCUGAUCCAGGUUAUUUGGAUAGUAUUCUGCUAGAUGGGGCAGGGAAAGCUUCUGAGAUAGCAGACGCCACCCUCAACAACGUCUACCAAGCCAUGGGUUUUUUGCGCAGAUAGCAUAUGUAGAACAUUUCACAACUACGGGUACAAUUUUUUAUAACUGCACAAUGCUAGUCUUGCACUUGUUGGCCUUUCUGCUAGUGGUACUGAUAAACAUUUUGUUUGAUGAUACUUGGAUUAGCCUUUUGUUCCUGGUUGUUAUGGACACUGUUAAUAGAUAUUGAAAGGAUUAUUUACUGAAAUAUAAUGUCCAAAUACCAUCUCUGGACAACUUUACAGUUA